AUGGGUCAGGACAGUGUAUUUAUCGUACCCUCUGAGUAUUUAGACGAUUUGGAGGGGUUUGAGGAUACAGGCUGGAUCCGCCCUCAGCUCUUAGAGGAUCCAGACAACGACAAAGCUCACUGGAACACCGUGAUUAUUCCCCGAGAGAUGGAAGUUAACCAUAGCGACGAAGAUAUCAUGCAGUAUAUGCUCCAGAACGUCCGAACCCAGCGAGCCAUCGUGAGCGCAUCGGCAAUGCAUAACCUAGGAAUGAUCUGUAUCUCACUCCCGGUCCCUGUUAGCACUGCUAGCACGGCUAUAAUCUUGGCUCGUGCCGAGGCCGAUGUGUACAAGUGGCUCAAAUUCAUUCGUGCUGGGAUCGUUACUCUUGACCGGAAGGUAAUUUUUGGUCGGCAAUCCUGGGCUAUCGAGCGGUAG